AUGAACACGAAAUCUGCAUUAAAUUUUACCAUACUCAUUUUAGGUAUACAAGGAAUGGUGCUGGCAGCACCACCCAUGGAUGAAAAUCUUCCUCCGAGACCAAAAGGUGGAGGAGUGGAGACACACUUUUGUGAAUUUUUUAAUGAUUCAACUGAGUGCGAUGCAACAAAAAAUUCAAGUUGUCCACCUUCCGAAGUUAAAAGAGAUGAAUGUCAAGCAAUUGAAGCUGGAAAGAGCAAUCAUUGUUUUACUUUGUGGUACUUUAACAAUGAGACCAAUAAAGCCACCGUCAAAGUAAAGGGGUGUUUCCUUGAUACCGUAGCAUGUAAUGACAGAGCUUCAAACUGUACAUUGCACAAUGUCAAACUGCCCCUUCUUCAUUGUUGCUGUGAAGGAGACAUGUGUAAUGAAAAUGCAACGUUCCCAGGCUUGGAAGCUGGGGUGUUACCACAGACUGAAUCACCUCCAGAACGUGUCCCAGCAUCUCCACUACCAACUGCAGAUGAUGACACUGAAGCUGUCAUUGCAUAUACAUUGACACCACUUUUCCUCUUAUUUGCUGUUUUAGUAGGCUGCUAUCUCCUCUAUAGAAAACGUAAAGGCAGCUCCUUUGCAGAAUUAGCUAGUGGAGAGGCUUCAUUGUCUAGACCACCAUCUGCUGGAGCUGGUAUGGAAAAUGAAACAGGCGGAUUACUAAGUCAAGUUACAUUGUGUGAAGUACGAGCUAGGGGACGAUUUGGUGCAGUUUGGAGGGCAAAAUUAGGACCUAAAGAUGUUGCUGUAAAAGUGUUUCCAUUGCAAGAUAAACAGUCUUGGGUGGCUGAACAAGAAAUAUACCGACUGCCAAGGAUGGACCACCCAGACAUUUUGCACUACAUAGGUGUUGACAAAAAGGGUGACAAUCUCCAGGCUGAGUACUGGCUUAUUACAGCUUAUCAUGAAAAGGGAUCACUAUGUGACUAUCUAAAGGCUCAUACCCUUACAUGGGCUGAAGCUUGGCGCAUAGCAGCGUGCGUAGCACGAGGUCUUGCCCAUCUACAUGAAGAGGGUGGUGGGAAACCUGCUGUCGCCCACAGGGACUUCAAAUCAAAGAAUGUCCUCUUGAAAGCAGACAUGAGUGCUUGCAUUGCUGAUUUUGGACUUGCAUUGAUAUUUGUUGCUGGUAGAGGCUGUGGUGAUGCCCAUGGUCAGGUUGGAACACGAAGAUACAUGGCGCCGGAAGUGUUGGAUGGUGCAAUCAACUUCACAAAAGAUGCGUUCUUGAGAAUUGAUAUGUAUGCUUGUGCCCUAGUACUGUGGGAGAUUGCUUCAAGAUGUGACGAAGGAGGUGCAGAACCAACAGCGCAAUACCGUCUUCCCCUUGAGGAGGAAGUAGGUUCCCAUCCGGGAUUGGAAGAGAUGCAGGAGGCUGUAGUGCAGAGGAAACUAAGGCCGCAUAUACCACCGCAGUGGCGUGAGCAUCCGGGUCUAUGCAUACUCUGCGAUACUAUGGAAGAAUGCUGGGAUCAUGAUGCAGAGGCUCGUCUCUCUGCUUCAUGUGUUCUAGAACGAGUUGCAGCUCAACGGCCAGCAACAGCGGCUGCGCCCGCACCUCCCCCAUUCACACAUGACACAACUCCCCUCCUCAUCCAUGAGCUAGCUGAUCUUCAAACUUGCUGA